AUGGCUCAGGCUACUGCCUCGUCGCGCUUGGAAGACGUACCUCGCACAAGCCCUGGCCUUCCCAGUACCAACACCACAGCCGGCACCAAGAGGAAGAGGACUGCGGAACGCAAGUUCUAUGCUGUCCAACAAGGCAAGAAAACAGGCAUCUACGAUUCUUGGGAUGAAUGCCUCGCUCAAGUGAGAGGGCACAAGGGUGCAAUAUGUAUGGGUUACCGAGAAUUCACCCUGGGAAGAAUAAUUACUGACCUUCGCGCAGUCAAGGCAUUCCUGUCACGCCACGAGGCUCAGGCUUUUAUGGAAGGCAAACUGCUAAAAUCCUCCAACGCCGCCGCCGACCAGAAAUUCUAUGCUGUUCAGAACGGACGAGUUCCUGGUGUCUAUACCGAGUGGACAGAGGCCCAGGCUCAAAUUCGUGGCGUCAAAGUCCCCAAACACAAAAAGUUCAACACCAGAGCCGAGGCGGAAGAGUUUGUGGCUGCAGGAAAGAAACCGCCAGGAUCUAGUCCCUCUCAACUCAUCAGUCCCGAGGAGGAAAUCCGUCGUUUGAUUGUUCGCAAUUCUGCUCCUGGUCUACAAAUCAAUGGUACAUACACCCCCAUAGACAAGGACGGCAAUGCAUACGAGGUUGGCCGUGGACCACUUCCACCAGGUGCGGAAGAUGGCUUUGAUCCCAACCUGCAGCUGAAUACUGACGGAGUCAUCGUCAAUCGAACAGACGAAGAGAAAACCCGAACCAAGGUCAUACCAACAGACAGAGAGCCACCGGGCAUGCUUCGCAUCUACACCGAUGGUUCCAGUCUUCGAAAUGGCCAGGCCGGAGCUCGAGCAGGAGUAGGAGUGUAUUUCGGACCACAGGACCCAAAGUAUGACUCUCCACAUCCCACCUCACCCUCUUCUCCCAAUUCCCAUCGUGUAUAUUAUAUCGACUGGGCGGCGCGAGCAAGAGGCUUACAGGCCAACGGCACGACACCGUCAUCACCUUCAGCCUCGGCUUCGCCAACUCACAAGAACAAAAAGAAUAAAAGCCGAGAGAGCGAAAUACAAGAGGAAGAAGAUCAUGAAAAGCUAACCAAUUGGCGUUAUAGAAAUGUUUCCGAGGCUCUCAAGGGCAGCAAACAAACCAAUCAGCGAGCUGAACUCACCGCCAUCUCUAGAGCUCUAGAUAUUGCACCUCGACAUAGGGAUGUGACCAUCUAUACAGACAGCAUGUAUUCCAUCAACUCGGUGACCGAGUGGUAUCGAAAUUGGGAGAGGAAUGGAUAUGUCAACUCAAGUCGGAAACCGGUGGAGAACAAGGACCUGGUGAUGGAUAUUCGGGAGAAGAUUGAAGAGAGAGAAUCACUGAACAAGAAAACCAUCUUUGUGUGGGUCAAAGGACAUUCCAACAAUGCGGGAAACAUCGAGGCAGAUAAGUUGGCCGUCCAAGGUUCUCUUUCGGGGAGGGGUUUGUCGCACGAUGUUGAUGAAGCUGGUGGGGAAAAGAUCAAUCGGCGAAAUGGAACCCAUCCUGGUCAAGAAAGUGAUGAUGGUGGUGGUAAUGGGAUGGAUAUUGAGUCAAGACGUGCUUGGGAGGAUAUGGAGCAAGCAAUUGCCAACGACAGUGAGGACGAGUUCAAAUGA